UCCACAUCCGGGUCACGUUCUCCUCAUGCUGAACGCAAGCAUGGCGACGAAAGUUAAGCACCGUAAGAAGUCCAAAGCUAGCAGUAAAGUCACAUUUCACCCCGCAGAAGACGACGUGGAGGCCGAAAGCAUCGGCGGGGAGGAAGAUGGAGACCCGGCGGCGGACGAAGGUGAAGACCGAGGGAAGAAGAAACAAGAAGAAGAAGAAGAAGAGUUCAACCUGGACGAGGUUUUACGGCUCGGAGGAACGCAGGCCGACUACGCGAUGCUCGCCGCCAUGAACGACUGCAACGAGAUCGUCGACGGAGGAAAGAAAGGAGCGAUCGACGACCUGGAGGAGGGCGAGCUGGAGAAGUUCAUCGCCAAACUGGGCCUCCGGGCGUUCGCCGGACUGCAGUCCAUCCCAGACGAGCCCGAGGGGGGCGGUGAAAAGGCCGAGGCGACGAAAGCAGGGGAGGAAAACAACGCUCGGGAGAAGGUAAACGAGGAGGAGAAACCGAAGGAGAAGGCGAAGAAGACUAAAGACGCGCAGAAGAAGAAGCAGAACGUGAACGUGUUCGAGUUCCAGCGGAGGUCGGUGCUGCUGAUCAAACCCGGAGGGAAGUGGUUCGACCUGGAGUACGCCGCCGAGGGCACGGCCGCCGAGCAGGACGCCUCGCUGGUGUCCCAGUACAAGGCGCUCGCCCAGCAGCUGUUCGAGGCCGACGUGGCGCUCUACAAGAGCAAGAAGAUCCUGCAGAAAGGGGCCAACUCCAACUGGAUGAAGACGGUCGUCUCCUCCGGCGUGCUGGCGGACAGGAUGGCGGCCAUGACGGUGCUCAUCCAGGACGCGCCGGUGCACACGCUGGAGCACGUGGAGAACCUGGUGGGCAUGGUGAAGAAGAAGGGCAGCCGGCGGAUGGGCCUGAUGGCGCUGGACACGCUGCGCGAGCUGCUGCUGUCCGACCUGCUGCCGGAGGGCAGGAAGCUCCGCCCCUUCGCCCAGCACCCGUUCGACCUGCUGGAGGAGAAGGCCAGCGGCAACCGGGACUCCCGCGACCGCCGCCUCGUCCUCUGGUACUUCGAGCACCACCUGAGGCACCACGUGGCGGAGUUCGUGGCGGCGCUGGACACGGUGGCCCACGACACGGUGGCGGCCACCAAGGCGAAGGCGCUGACCACCGCGCACGAGCUGCUGUGCAGCCACCCGGAGCAGGAGCGGGCGCUGCUCGGCCAGGUGGUCAACAAGCUGGGCGACCCCGAGUACAAGACGGCCGCCAAGGCGUCCCACCUGCUGGAGUCGCUGCUGCACAAGCACCCCAACAUGAAGGUGGUGGUGUGCUGCGAGGUGGAGCGCCUCAUGUUCCGGCCCAACAUCUGCGCCAAGGCGCAGUACUACGCCGUCUGCUUCCUCAGCCAGGUGAUGCUGAGCCACGACGAGGCCGCGCUCGCCGCCAAGCUCAUCGCCAUCUACUUCUCCUUCUUCCGCGCCUGCGUCAAGAAGAAGGACGUGGAGUCGAAGAUGCUGAGCGGGCUGCUGUCGGGCGUGAACCGGGCGUAUCCCUACGCCGGCGGCGCCGACGACAAGGUGCGGGAGCAGCUGGACACGCUGUUCAAGGUGGUGCACCUGGUGAGGUUCAACACGGCCGUGCAGGCGCUCAUGCUGCUCUUCCAGGUGAUGAACUCCCAGCAGAGCGUCUCCGACCGGUACUACGUGGCUCUGUACAGGAAGCUGCUGGACCCCGGUUUGUCGUCGUCCUCCCGUCAGAGCAUGUUCCUCAACCUGCUCUACAAAUCCCUGAAGGCCGACAUCGUGCUGCGGCGCGUCAAAGCCUUCGUGAAGCGGCUGCUGCAGGUCAGCGGCGAGCAGAGCGCCAGCUUCACCUGCGGGGCGCUGUUCCUGGUGUCAGAGGUCAUGAAGGUCAAGCCGGGCCUCAGGCUGCUGCUGCUGCAGGACGGGGACGGAGAGGAAGAGGAGUUCAAAGACCUCGCUGAGGAAGAGGAGGAGGAUGAUGAAGAGGAGCGCUUUGUGGACGCCGACAAACUGGAGGAAGGCGCGAGUGCGAAGCCGGAGGUGGCGAAGCCCGCUGCAUCAUGGGUACACCACCAGAACCUGGAAGGAGGGAAGGGCAUCAAGAGCUACGACCCGCUGCACAGAAACCCGUUAUACUGCGGCGCCGACCACGCAACUUUAUGGGAACUGCAGAGGCUCGCCGUGCACUUCCACCCGUCGGUGUCGCUGUUUGCCAAAACGCUCCUGCAGGGGGGCGCCGUCCAGUACUCCGGGGACCCGCUGCAGGACUUCACCCUCAUCCGGUUCUUGGACCGGUUCGUCUUCAGGAACCCGAAACAGCUGAGGAAAACGCCGCUGACGCCCCAGCAGAGGUUCCCGCUCAGAUCUUUACCAGUGAACUGUGAGGAGUUUCUGUCUAAAGAAGAAAACCAGAUCCCCGUCGAGGACGUCUUCUUCCAUCGUUUCUUCAAGAAGCGACAGCAGGAGAAGCAGCUCGAGGGUCGUCGUCGCGGCAACGGAGACAACGAGAGCGUGCAGGACGUGGACGACGAGGAGUUUGAGUUGAUGCUCGAUUCCUGUGAGGGAGACUCGUACUUCACCGAGAUGCCGGUCGAUAAUCUGGACUUUGCAGGAAACGUGAAGAGUAAGAAAAGAAAGAAAGGCGGCGACGACUCGGAGGACUCGGAGGACUCUGACCUGGACGACCUGGACGACGAGGAGGUGUCUCUGGGCAGCAUGGACGAGGAGGACUUCGGGGACGAGCUGGAGGAGGAAGGAGGCGCCUUCGUGGAUCCUGGAGGAGACGACGAUGACGAUGAUGAUGAUGAAGUUCCGGAGCUCGAAGACGACGACUUCAGUGACGAGACGGUUCCAGACAUCACUCCUCGAGCCAAGAAGAGGAAGUCCUCAGAGGAGCUCCACUCCGGAUCUUUAGAUUCAAAACCAGGGAAGAAGAAGAAGAAGAAGAAGGGAAAGAAAGAUGCAGCCAUGUUUGCUUCUGCUGAAGAGUUCGGCUCCCUGCUGGAUGAGAACGCCGGCUCCAAGUUCGAUAACGUCGGACUCAACGCAAUGGCCAACACCGACAAAGCCGGCCUGAAGCAGUUGAAGUGGGAAGCGCGUCGAGACGACUGGAUGCAGGACCGCGACGCCAAGACGAUGCGCAGGAAGAAGACGGCGUUCAACAAGAAGAAGACGUUCGCCCGAGCCGGAGGAAAGACGUUCGUGAGCAAGAAGAGGAAGAAGUAGCCUCUCUCGUUUUUUAACCGGGCGCCUUCAUUCCCGUUGCACCGCCCACGCUUCACGGUCUCUCUCUCGGGCGCCGUGGAGCCCCGCCCACUCGUUGGACUGGUAGUAAACUGGGAUGAAAACGCACAAGAAGAAACUGGUUUAGUGAAACCAAAGACUUUGAUAUUCCCCCCGAUGUUGUGAGAAGACAUGUACAUCAACAGACAUUAAAGUUAUUAUUAACAUUUUAUGAUGACUACAUGCAACAAGUUCCUAUAUUUUCCGUCAUGCCAUAUUAAACGCACUAAAUUGUU